AUGGACAACCGGCUCGACCAGCCGCUCGCACCCGCGGUGGAACGCCACGAGGCGACAGUCAAGAGGUGGGCUGUGCCGACCGUCGCAUCGGCGGCGCACGCAAUCGCAUUUGCUGCGCGGCGGCGAAGGACGGUGAUUGCGCUGCAGACCUGGCUUGACAGCCUCUCCAGCCCUGACGCAGUCGAGCGGGUGGCAGCGAUGAACGCGCGCCUAUCCGACCAGGCAGCCGCGUUCUAUCAGGCCGCUUCGGCGCUGCCCUGCGUACACACCGGAUCGGUGCCUCCUCAGCUCGAUGCCGAUUUGGCGAGGCUGCAGUACGAGCUUGUGCAGCCGCACGGCGAGACGCUCCGAGCUGCAGCCGCCGCUGCGGCGGUGCGUCAGCUCGCCUCGUCGAGCCGGGCGGAGCAGCUCGCGCCCGUCCUCUCUAUCGCCGACCAGUCGCUGCUCGGAGGUGCGACGGCCGAGCUGCACGCGUUUGCGGACUUUGACCUCUCCAUUGGCGUGGUCGCCGAGUCGUGCACCCUCCGCAUCGACCUCGGCCGAGCAAACCCGCGCGUUGAUGCGGAGGCGAGCUUCGCCUUCACCACGCUGAGCGGAGACGAUCAGAGGCCGCUGGUCCUCGCCACCGCGCGGGCGAGCGUUGUGGCGUGGCCCUCGCUCCGAGCACUGGAGCAGACGCUGCAGCCGCCCCGAAUACGCUCGCUCCGGAUCGCAAUCUUGGUGCUGGCGCCGCUGCUGCUCGCCUUCCUGCCCGCUUACAUCCUCGCGUACGUGCUCGUGGCGCUGAGAAACCAUUGCGUUGGGGUUGCAAUAGAGCCAGAGACAUAA